UUUCUGAAAGGGUGUCAGAUUGUCGGCCAUGUUAGAAACGAUUCUCAUUUUCGUUCUGCAGUUGUGGGAUGUUGGGCAUUUAGAGAAUCAUGUCGCUAAUUUGUUUUGUUUUCUAAUUUUUUUUAUUUCGUUUUAUCAUUCAACACUUAUUUCGCUUCUUAAAUGGAAGUCAGCGGGUUGUUAUGAAGCCAAGGCUGCAGUAUGGCAGGAGAGCAUCACAUGAGUUUAGACGAGAACUGACUUCGAGGGAAUCUACUGGAAUGCCGACUGAAUUGAGCUCUCAGGAUGGAACUGGCUUGUCAUUCACUCUACAGCCUGAGCUCGUGACGAGUUCAAGAACAGCCAACACUGUGGAGAACACCGAUGACCGAGUCUCCAUUGACAGCUCAUUAACAGGAGAAGAACACGGCACUCGUUCAGCUUCUCGCAGGCUGAGACCUGCAGGCCUCAGCCACUCUCACAGCCGCAGCCGCUCUCACAUGCAUGCUGAUGCUUCCUGCUCACACACAGAUCUUGAAGCCGGGGAACACAGUGCUUCAAUCUCAGAUUUGCGUUACCUCAUUUGCUGGGUGCAGAAAAGUCUCCCUUUCAUCAUUAUCAUUUGUUCAAAACUAAUUUUACAGCAUGCCCUGGGAUUGGCAGUUGGAGUGGGUCUGUUUAUAACCUUUCUACAUGUAAAUAAAAAUAUCCAAGCACAAGUUCUUCUUCAGGAUCGUCGGUCAAAGCUUCAAUGUUUCUCCGUUUUGUCCUUCCUAAUGGCCUCCUCCUUACUUUUAUAUUACACAUUUGAGAUGGAUUCACUUUAUUACUGCCUCAUCCUCAUGAAUCCUCGUGUUGAGCCUAUAGAUAUCUGGAAAGUUUUCUGGACUGUGGGAGUAACUGGUUUCAUUGUGAAGUUCGUCUUUAUGGGAUUAAAGUGCCUUAUACUUCUUCUCCCUUCCUGUGUCAUGGUGUACAAGAGACGGGGUCAGUGUUACAUGUUCAUAGAAGAACUUGGGCAGUUUUAUCAAGUAAUCACUCCUGUGCCUCCCUGGUUCCACUACUUACUUACAUCCAAAAUGGUUGAUGGCUCUCUGGAAGUUACCAUGGAUAUUCUUUUAGCCUUGCUUUACAUUAUUCUGAAGCUUCUGGAAAUUUACAGUCGGUGGGGAUCCCUGCAGAAUGCAGUACAGAACUUUCUCACUUUAGAGGUGAAUGGGACUCCUGCAACUCAGUCCCAGUGCUGUAGUGCUGGGGAUCUUUGUCUUAUCUGUCAGUCCAAUUUUAAGCAACCUCGAGUUCUGUUGUGUCAGCAUAUCUUCUGCGAGGAAUGCAUGGUGCUGUGGUUCAAUCAGGAAAAGACCUGCCCCCUCUGCCGUACCAUCAUCACAGAUAGGGUACACAAAUGGAAAGGUGGUGCAACCUCAGCUUAUUUACAAAUAUACUAAAAUAUGUCACACCUAAAUAUCUAACGAAGAUAACUCUUUACCAGAAAAAUACACUGGGAGAUGAGUGAAAAAAUUGAUAUACCAUGAAAGAAUACAUGUACAUUCAUAACAAAGGGUAAUGUGCCUUAACCAGGUCUUUCCUCGUUUAUGCACAGUGGGCCUCAUUUUAUCAAGCUAUGUAGGAACAUCUAUUGCCUGAAUUAAUUUUAUGAGCAUGUGUCAUGCCAUGUUGAACUCCUGCUCCUAAAUCGUUUAUUACACUCACACUACACAAAAAAACUGAUUGCUUUUAAGCAACAGCAUCUUGUCAAUUUUACACAGCUUUGUUUCAGUUUAGCCCCCACCCCACCAAUCUGGCAAUGAACUCUAGCAUAAAUGUUUAGCUCAAGUUGGCUUACACAAACUGAUGUUUGAAGAACAGACAUUUAUUAUAAGAACUAUUUGUGAAGAUCUUAAUUAAAGCAUCAUUGUAGCAUGCUGCAGUGCUCCCCUCAAUAGUUACUUAUUAACAGCCUUUUUAAACUAUUCAGGUGGCUUGCUGGUUUUGGAAGUUGGGUAAUAAGUACUAUACAGAAGCUCCACUAUGAUCAGUACCACUUUAAAGUGAGGAUGAUGUCAUUCCAGUGAUUCCUUUUUCAUGGAAUAUUUACCUGGAUUUGCAAAAAACUGGAACUUAUCUUUUUAUAUUUGAGUUACUUAAUUAAAUCUGAAAUAUUUCUAAAUAGUAUACAGCUAGUCCUUGAGUUACGAAGAUGUGAUCUGAUGACCCCAUCAUAACUAGGAAAUAUUGCAAAUUGACCCAUGACCUAGCCUACCCAGUCUUCUAAGAAUGGUGAUCAGUAUGGGGUAUUAGACUGUAAUUUGUUAAAUUAUUAACUAAUUACAGUAAAUUUGGCUAAUGCAAAUUCGUAAGUCAAACUAUCGUAACUGAUUAUUUGUACGGGGUUAUGAUGAUCAGCAGCGGUACAGUAACAGUUCUUUUGUUUGUGUUUUGAGUUCUGUCUUCAUGUGUCUCAUCUUUAUAUACAAGUAAACUUAAGUGUUACUUUUCAAAGGUUCUAAAGGUUUGACCCACUGCCUUGCAAUAAACUUAAAGAUUUAAUAAUAUGCAAUUAUUUUUCUAUUGUUAACAGAAUAUUCAAAUGUUUGUAUUUCCACGUAUUAGAUUUUGAAUAAAAUAUUAAAAUUGAUUACAUUGUGAA